GCGGCUUCUCAUGUGUUGAAUUUGGAGUUGAUUAAUAGAUGUUAUUAUACACAUAAACCUUCCUCUUGAAUCACUCUAUCUAUUAAUUUAUUGCGUAGUUUUAAAGAUUUAUGCAUACUUAGGGACGGAAAAAGCGACUUUGUUUUAUAGUGUGUAGUGAAGUCAUAUUAAUAUGUCAAUAUCUUGUCAUUGGAAAAUGACAACUCGGUAUAAAUCGUAUGAGAUAUGUAAAUAUUUACUAAUAACAACAAUAAGUUUCUCGCAUUUAAGUUAUAAAAUUCGAAAUGUUUUAUUGGAAAUUAAAGAGGGUUACAUAAAACAGGAAGUAUAGAUAUAAAGAAUACGAAUCUUAAAUUAUUAUAGCUCACGAUGGUUGAAGACUUAUUGCCGAAUGGAUCCAGCAAAUCUGCAGCCAAAAGAAUGGACAGAGAUAAUAUCUUGCCCUUCAUUAUAUUACCAGUUUUGUUAAUUAUCGCUACUUUAUCUUUCACAGUAACAGUAAUUGUUAUGAUAUUUAUCGGAAUGGGUGCACUGUAUGUUCAAUCUCGUCCACGUCAGAAAAACAGAUCCCCAUUUUUUUAUUCUUGGACUCUAUCAUCGGGAAUAUGUUUAUUUCUAGUGUUUGAGCUUGGGAUACUAACACUGCUAGAAAUUACCCAACUAGAAAACUUCUUAUUUUUAGUUCUUUUAACUAGUACAUGUUACUUUUUUUAUAAAAUGAAGUCCAUAGCUGAUUACGAGUUGUAUACUGGAAAAGGAAAGGAAUAUAGUCCUGUAUUAACAUCGGACUCUUAUUACUGCCAGAUAUGUCAGUUAGAAGUAAAUGAAAGAUACUUCCAUUCGAUUUGGUGGGAUUGUUGUGUUUUCAGACCAAACUAUAUUUACUUCUUGUGUGGCCAAGUUUUUGCAUUUGCUACCUUACUCAUGGGAACAAACCUGGGUCUAACUACGAUUUGUCAGCCAGCAUUACUAUAUGGGUCAAUAUUAGUACCUCAAGACUGCAAUGAUGUCUAUUUUGAAUUUUACCUAGCAUUAUGCUUUGUAUCCUGUAUUUAUGGUAUUGGAUACAUCUUGAUAAUUGCCUUGGUUUUAUUACGACAAUUAUUUAUUUAUCUUCCGAAGUAUACUGAACCACAGUGGAAACGAUUAUUUAACGUAUUAACAGUAUAAAUUGAAAAUAGCAGUAUAAAUUUGUGAAGAUAAUCAUAAAUUCAGGAUAAAUGGAGUAUACAUACAUGGAGUAUAUUAGCUAAACAAUAAACUUUGUCUAUGAUAUUUUAUAUUUUGCAAGCUUAUAAGUAUAUCAUUUAGAUAAGUGCAGAGAUUAUAUUUAAAUUGCAUUGUAUUAUUUUGUUUAAUAAUUUUUAGUUUGUAAAUAGCUAAUUCCAAUUUUAAAAAAAAUUAUUUGUGUAUGACCGAAUUGACAAUGGGGCCAUCAUACAGUCAUCUCAAUAUUUAAUUAAUAAAUAUAAUCAAUUGAUUAUAUUUCUAAGACUGAUAUCUUGUAUAUUUAGUUCUAAUUAAGUUAUACAUCACGCCAUAUUAACAAUCUUUUCCUUAACACGAUCCAUUACAAUAAUUAUUAUUAUUAUGCUACGGUUUGAGGACCCUUUUCGCAAGUUCUUGUGAGC